AUGAACUGCUGCAGGAAGCAGAGCUAUUUCCCUCUGAGCUUUAGGAAAGAGCCUCAGGCUUCUGGUCUACCAGAGCAGUCAGAGGCAGGGGGGGCUGGUGUCAGUAUGGGAAGUUUGGGGUCUCUGUGCUCACCAGUUGUGGACUGCUUCCCCUGCUUCAAGACACAGCCUCUGCUGGUAGAUGUGCUCCCAGAACUCAUCAAGCACGGCCGGGAGAGGAUAGGACAAACCAUCAAGGCCUCUGGCUCCAGGCUCUGCUCAUAUGCUGAGCGAGUUGCUUUUUUGAUGGAUCGUUCCCGGAGCCCAGACGAAAGCACUCAGCCUCCAACACCAACUGACAACAUCAACCUUGGACCUUCUGCAAACCCAAAUGCCAAGCCAACAGACUUUGAUUUUCUGAAGGUUAUUGGCAAAGGAAGCUUUGGAAAGGUCCUCCUGGCCAAACGCAAGUGUGAUGGGACUUUUUAUGCAGUGAAAGUCCUGCACAAGAAAACCAUCCUAAAGAAAAAGGAGCAAAACCACAUCAUGGCAGAACGCAAUGUGCUGCUGAAAAAUGUCAAGCACCCCUUCCUGGUGGGACUCCAUUACUCCUUCCAGACCUCAGAGAAGCUUUACUUUGUGCUUGACUAUGUGAAUGGUGGGGAGCUCUUCUUCCACUUGCAAAGGGAGCGCUGUUUCCGUGAGCCCCGGGCCCGGUUCUAUGCUGCAGAAGUCGCCAGUGCCAUCGGGUACCUGCAUUCCCUAAACAUCAUUUACAGGGACUUAAAACCUGAGAACAUUCUCCUGGAUUGCCAGGGACACAUAGUAUUGACAGACUUUGGACUGUGCAAAGAAGGAAUGGAGCAAGAGGAGACAACUUCUACCUUUUGUGGCACUCCUGAGUACUUGGCUCCUGAGGUGCUAAAGAAGCAGCCCUAUGACAGGACAGUAGACUGGUGGUGCCUAGGAGCUGUCCUCUAUGAGAUGCUGUUUGGACUGCCUCCUUUUUACAGCCGGGAUGUCUCUCAGAUGUAUGACAACAUUCUGCACAAGCAACUCCAGAUCCAAGGAUGCAAGACUGUGGCAGCUUGUGACAUCCUCCAAGGACUUCUCCACAAGGACCAGAAGAGGAGGCUGGGUGCCAAGACAGACUUUCUUGAGAUAAAGAAUCAUGUGUUCUUCAGCCCAAUAAACUGGGAUGACUUGUACCACAAGAGGAUUACUCCUCCGUUCAACCCCAAUGUGGCUGGUCCAGCUGAUCUGCGACACUUUGAUCCAGAGUUCACCCAAGAAGCAAUCUCUGCCUCCAUCACUCAUACACCUGACCUAGCAGCCAGCAGCUCCAGUGCCUCAGAUGCAUUUUUAGGCUUUUCUUAUGCACCAACUGAAGAAGACAUCUAG